UGCCCCGAACGCAGGGGCGGUCACCUGGUCCCCAGGCACCCCCGCUCCGGGAGACCGCGUCCAGGGCCAGGGGGAAUGUCUCGAGGAGGGAGCCGGUUCGCAGGAGUCGGUUCCAGCGCGUUGGAGUUACAGCUGCGAGCCCUCAGAGGCACCGCCGGCAAGUCCCGGCUUGCAAAGAGGGGAGCCAGCCCCGGGAGGACUCGCGUCGGAGCGAACCGGGGUGCGCGCCCGCGCGCGCGCGCGCCCCGCGACCGCGCAGGGGGAGGGGAAGCCGCGGCAGCCAGUCAGAGGAACGGGAGUGAAGCCUCCGACCAACUUUAACUGUCAAUCAGACUUAAUGGGGUAUUAAAAAAAAAAAUGGGGGGGAAAAACGGCCGCCUUCCAGUUCCGCGCCGCUGCCGCCCCGGGAGCGAAUGAAUAAGGCGGCGCAGACCCGGGUGUCCGACCCACGCGCGCUCCGCACCCGGGCCCUCUCCAAGUUGGGAAGGACAAAAAGAAGGCAAUAAAUGCUAACGAGGGAGAGAAAGGCAGCCGGGUCGGGCGGCAACUCCCAGCCGCGGCUGGAAGACAGAGGGAGGGAGCCGGAGAGAGCGAGCGAGCGCGCGCCAGGGCGAGCCAUGCACGUAAAGAAACUGACACCCGGACCCCCCACUUCUGCUGCACGUUGCUGGCAAUCAGAGCGCGUUUAAGCAAUUUCCUGAGCCCAAGAAUAGCAAUGAGUCGGGAGACUUUCGCGGGCUGAAAUUGGGAGCUCCAAGCACUUUUCCCCCCACUUUUUUUUUUUUUUUCCUGGAGAAGGGGUGGGGAAGCGCUACAAUUUGGAAACAGCGCUUUUUUUUUUUUUUUUUCAUCUUGCACUUUGAAACCGCGGGCCUGCAGCAGGGUACGCGCGUGUGGUUGGUGCCCUUUUCCCCCCCUUCCCCUGCCUAAACUCCUCUGUCAGCCUGUAAACAUUACCUGCGAAUUCCCCAGCCGAAGCGGCGGCCGGGGCAAGAAACUUCUUGUUAGAACUUCCCACCUCCGGCUUCCCCUCCACCCCUCUCACUGUCCCAACCUUCGGAGACGCUUUUUCUCCUCCCCAAGAGGAUUUCUCUUUUCUUUUUCUUUUUUUCCCCUCUUUUUCUCACCCGGUGCCUUGCACUUGGGAAGAGGUGGUUUCCAGAGUGGCCAGGUGGGACUCCUGUCUGCCCCUCAUUCCGUGUAUUUAUUAUUGUUUGGAGGUGUUUUCUUUUUCGAUUCCUGUUUUGUCCGGCUCGGGGAGUUUCGCCCCCCGCCCUGCCCGGCUCCGCGGCGCGGAGGAUGGUGUGGAAAUGGCUGGGCGCGUUGGUGGUGUUCCCUCUCCAGAUGGUCUAUCUGGUGGCGAAAGCGGCCGUCGGACUGGUGCUGCCCGCCAAGCUGCGGGACCUGUCUCGGGAGAACGUGCUCAUCACCGGCGGCGGCAGAGGCAUCGGGCGCCAGCUCGCUCGCGAGUUCGCAGAACGCGGCGCCAAGAAGAUCGUCCUCUGGGGCCGCACCGAGAAGUGCCUGAAGGAGACGACAGAGGAGAUCCGGCAGAUGGGCACGGAGUGCCACUACUUCAUCUGUGACGUGGGCAACCGGGAGGAGGUGUACCAGACGGCCAAGGCCGUGCGGGAGAAGGUGGGUGACAUCACCAUCCUGGUGAACAACGCCGCCGUGGUCCACGGGAAGAGCCUCAUGGACAGCGACGACGACGCCCUCCUCAAGUCGCAGCACAUCAACACGCUGGGCCAGUUCUGGACCACCAAGGCCUUCCUGCCGCGCAUGCUGGAGCUGCAGAACGGCCACAUCGUGUGCCUCAACUCCGUGCUGGCGCUGUCCGCCAUCCCCGGAGCCAUCGACUACUGCACCUCCAAGGCCUCGGCCUUCGCCUUCAUGGAGAGCCUGACCCUGGGGCUGCUGGACUGCCCGGGCGUCAGCGCCACCACCGUGCUGCCCUUCCACACCAGCACCGAGAUGUUCCAGGGCAUGAGGGUCAGGUUCCCCAACCUCUUCCCCCCCCUGAAGCCGGAGACGGUGGCCCGGAGGACGGUGGAGGCCGUGCAGCUCAACCAGGCGCUCCUCCUGCUCCCCUGGACGAUGCAUGUCCUCAUUAUCUUGAAAAGCAUACUCCCGCAGGCCGCGCUGGAGGAGAUCCACAGAUUCUCAGGAACCUACACCUGCAUGAACACUUUCAAAGGGCGGACAUAAAGGCAGGACGUAGACCUCCUCGCAAGCCACGGGGCCUGCGGGGGCCGUGGCACCUGGGCACACACCCGCGUGCCUGCCCCUGGGCACACUUCUGCUGGGUGGGCAGGCCUGUCCUCUCUUGGGGAAGAAUCCGGUGCCCCCCGCCAGCCCCAGGACCUUUGCACAGGACUGAUGGGCGUAACUCUGGCCCCCAGGCGGAAACCAGCCAGCAGCCGCCUUGACACUUUUGUACAUUUCUGAUUCUGUAGAGUUUAUUGUUAAAUUGCUUCUCAAAUCUAACCAGCCUCGGCAGUGCGCAAAGACUAUUUCUGGGGGGGUCGGCGCCCAGAUGACCCUCCUUCCCCUCCAACAUCCACUCAGCUUCUGCAAACUGGUUGAACGGCAGGAAUGAAAAAUAAAGAGAGAUGGCUUCUGCGAGUUGCUUUGUUGAAA